AACUCCCCUCAUACAAUUCUAAUGGUCAGCUCGCUCUAGCCUGUUAACAAUCACUGUGUUGAACUGAAGAGCAUUAGACUUUAUUUUUCCUCAUAAGGCACUUCCUUCAUUGCUGCAAUAGCUCACAUUUGAUACUCAGCUGGGAUACCGUUGCCAGUCAUUGUGGGAUUGACCACGUUUGGGGAUUGCAGUGAAAGUUUAGCAGGCAUGAAAUUGAAGAUAGUACUUAACUAUGACACCUGGGGCUCGUCCGACCUGUGCUGAUGCUAACCAGCCUUCUCCAUUCAUUUCCUCUUCACCUGCUUUACUCCUGGGUUUCCCUGGACAGAGCCCUCAGGUGACUGAAGGCCGGCAGGGAUGGAAAGGGCCAACGCCACCUCCUUGGAGGGCUUCAUUCUGAUGGGCGUCUCGGACCAUCCCCAGCUGGAGAGGGUCUUUUUUGUAGUCAUCCUCUUCUCAUACUCGUUGACCCUAGUUGGGAACGGAACCAUCAUCCUCCUUUCCAGCCUGGAUGCUCGGCUCCACACACCCAUGUAUUUCUUCCUCAGCAACCUCUCCUCCCUGGACCUUGCCUUUACCACUAGCUCCGUCCCCCAAAUGCUCGUCAACCUGUGGGGGUCAGACAAGACCAUCAGCUAUGGUGGCUGUGUGACCCAACUCUAUGUCUUCCUGUGGCUCGGCGCUACUGAGUGCAUCCUGCUGGUGGUGAUGGCGUUUGACCGCUCUUUCACCGUGUGCCGGCCCCUGCACUACACCGCCGUCAUGAACCCUCGGCUCUGCUGGCUGCUGGCUGCCAUUGCCUGGUUGGGGGGCUUGGGCAACUCUGGGGUCCAGUCCACAUUCACUGUGCAGCUUCCUCUGUGUGGGAACCGGAGGCUGGACAGCUUCCUGUGUGAAGUGCCCGCCAUGAUCAAAAUGGCCUGUGGAGACACGAGUCUCAAUGAGGCUGUGCUCAGUGGUGUGUGCACCUUCUUCACUGCUGUCCCACUAAGCAUCAUCCUGGUCUCCUACUGCUGCAUCGCGCGGGCAGUGCUGGAGAUCCGCUCAGCGGAGGGACGGAGAAAGGCCUUUAACAUGUGCCUCUCCCAUCUGCUGGUGGUGCUCCUCUUCUACGGCUCGGCCAUCUAUGGGUAUCUGCUGCCAGCGAAGACCAGCAGCCAGGACCAGGGCAAAUUCAUUUCUCUCUUCUACUCCGUGGUCACACCCAUGGCGAACCCUCUCAUCUACACUCUGAGGAACAAGGAGGUGAAGGGGGCGCUGAGGAGGCUGCUGGGGAAGGGAAGAGAAGUCAGCUAAAGGCCAGGAAAGCUCCAUCAUGUACCACCUCUUCCUUUCUACAUGCUUUUUCUUACUUUCUCUCUGGCCAGGUGAGCAUGAGGAGUGCCAACACCAGCACAAUCUGUUCUUGACAGCACGAAGCUGUUGGUACAUGGUUAGUGUUAUUUCCAGUGUUCUGUAUUUAUUUACCAAAUACCCUGCUGUGGACCACAGGGAGCAGGGCCGACUCAUGUCACUGAUGGUUCAGAUGUUGUUGACUUAGUACAAACUUAGCUCACUGUCACUG